AUGGCGCUAGCUUCUUCUGUGAGCCUCUACUACUCGAUCGUGCAGCGGGCGGCGAGGCACUAUCUAGAAGAUUAUUGUCACACAGAUACGACAGCACCCUACGUACUAUAUAAAGAUGGAGUGGAACGCGCUCCGCCUGGUACGCAAUGGGGUGGUGCUGUUUUGGACGGAGGAUACCAGGCCAUGCAGCACCAGAGUCCUGGAGGACCCUCACCACAACCCGAGCCACAACUCGCCUCUCCGGCUCCCUCGCCCUAUCCUCCAGCACCACCGCCUCCAGAUCCAUCAGCAGACGAGGCCGCUCAGCAACUAGCCCAGCAGCAAGCUCAACAACAGGUUCAACAACAACAAGCUCAGCAACAACAGACGUCGCCAGAACAUUUGCAAGUUGAUCAACAGCUGCAAAAUCAAGCACAGCCUACAGCACAAGAUCAUCUCGAUAGAACUCCUUGCUUUGUUCCACAAUCGGACUUACAACAACAAUAUGCCACGCCUUACUUUAAAGAGACGAGACCGGCUAGUCACAUGCUUGGAACUGGUGGAUUUCCAUUACAUUACUUAAAACAAAACGGUGGAGUACUUUCACUAGAGGGUCCGCUAGAUCAAUACACGACGCCAGACUUACGACACUUACCAGAUAUUGUGCAACCCGAGCCACCUAAGCCUCGGAAACAUAAUCCCAACUCAGAGCUCCGCCUUUUCAAGUGCCUGACUUGUGGCAAGGACUUCAAGCAAAAAUCUACGUUGCUCCAGCACGAGCGGAUCCACACGGACUCGAGGCCGUACGGGUGCCCGGAGUGCGGCAAGCGGUUUCGCCAGCAGUCCCACCUGACCCAGCACCUGCGCAUCCACGCGAACGAGAAACCGUACGCGUGCGUGUACUGCCCGCGCUCGUUCCGGCAGCGCGCCAUCCUCAACCAGCACCUGCGCAUCCAUUCCGGUGAGAAGCCAUAUACGUGCGGCGAGUGCGGCAAACAUUUCCGCCAGAAGGCCAUCCUGAACCAGCACGUCCGCACACACCAAGACGUUUCACCGCACCUAAUCUUCAAGAACGGGUCGACGCCGACGUUAUGGCCCCAAGAUGUCCCGUUUCCGCCGGAUGAGAACAAGGAGGAGGUGCAGUCGACGUUUGGAGAUACGGAUGGGCAGAAUGGUGAACAGCGUGGAUCAUGCUUUUCGCCAGGUGAUACAGCACAGUAUCCUGCUUACUUCAAAGAUACUAAAGGGCUCAAUCAUGCCGUCUUCGGGUCCAGUCUAUCACUACAGUAUCUGAAGGGCGGAAAGCUACCAGAUGUUCUAGGUGGUAGAGCGAUGCCUCUGUACGUGCGUUGCCCAAUUUGUCAGAAGGAGUUCAAGCAGAAGUCGACGUUGUUGCAACACGGUUGCAUACAUAUAGAAUCACGACCAUAUCCGUGUCCCGAGUGCGGUAAGCGUUUCCGUCAACAAUCACAUUUAACGCAACAUCUGCGCAUCCACACAAACGAAAAGCCGUACGGCUGCGUAUAUUGCCCUCGAUUUUUCCGGCAACGGACAAUUCUGAACCAACAUCUUCGCAUACACACAGGCGAGAAACCGUACAAAUGUACACAGUGCGGAAAAGAUUUUAGGCAAAAGGCGAUACUAGAUCAACAUACGCGCACUCAUCAGGGCGAUAGACCAUUCUGCUGCCCGAUGCCGAACUGCCGGCGAAGAUUCGCAACCGAACCGGAGGUGAAGAAGCAUAUAGAUAACCACAUGAAUCCUCACGCAGCGAAGGCGCGAAGGGCGGACGCUAAGACGCCAAGGCCUUUGCCCCCAGCUGCGGUGGUGAAGCCGGAGCUCUACUUCCCGCAGUGUUACGCGCCACCGUUCCAGCAAUUCCCGACGAGUGAGUUCAAACCGGUGGUUACUGGUUCAGGCCCGGGCCCGGCAUGCCUGCCCGCGCAGUGA